AGUGGGGAGCAGUAUCUUAUUAUAUAUUUAUUAUUCUCGCAUAGAGAGUGGAUUUCCGUAAUCUUUAGAGUGCUGCGUUGUGAUACGGAGUAUCUUCAGGACAUCGCGAAAGUUCAUUCAGAAUGCUCAAGAAGCUUGUUGUUUUCGCGACUUUGAUUUUCCUGAGUUAUGCUUGUCUAAUUACAAAUUGUCCUCGCGGCGGAAAAAGAGGCGACAUUGCACCUUCUUUGGGAACUGUCGCUCGAGAAUGUCCGUCGUGUGGCCCUAAUCAUUUGGGCCAAUGCUUUGGACCUCAUAUCUGCUGCGGUCCCAGUAUUGGCUGUUUCAUAGGAACAUCAGAAACAUACCGAUGCCGAAAAGAAAGUCUUUACACCAGGCCCUGUGUUGCUGGAUAUGCAAUGUGUCGUGGAAAUACUGCUAGAUGCGCUACAAAUGGGAUUUGUUGCUCGCAAGAAUCCUGCCAUAUGGACACAUCGUGCAGAAUUUCCGAUGUUGGCAACGAUCGUAAAAUCGAUGCUGAUUUGAAUGUGAUGUUUCCAGGCAAUGAAGCUUCUAGUGAAACAUUUCCAUAAUGUAAUUAACUGAUUUCAUAUUUUACGUUUAUUACAUUGAUGUUUAAAUUAAUUAUAUAACAUUGGGCUAGUAUUGAGACAUGUAAUAAAAAUGCUAAUUCAAUCAAACAAUUUUUUAAACUUUUCUCUCACAUUUCAUUUAUGAUAUGCUUAUUAUAAAAAUAUACUAAUAAUAAAAUAAAUUAAAUAAUUGAUAUAU